AUGAUCGCGGCGAGUGCCGUCAUCUUGCUAACAGCAUUCACACUCGCAGAUACAGACACACAAACUAUUAAUUCGAACACAAAUAACAUAGUACCCGCCGAACAGUACUUCAUUGACAAGAUCUUCGAUAAGUAUGGAUACAAAGGAGUCAUCACGUUCGAGGGCUUUGAACAUUUGCUGGACAGCCUCGGAUUGGGAGGACGCGUCUUUACUUCACCUCACGAUUUGGCGCUGCACAGAAUCAAUGGCAGCUUUAAACAACUACACGAUACCCAGCACAGACACAGAAGAUCUCUUAGUGCAGUGACGCCGAUACUGAAAAAAUCAUGUCUGUCACCGAAAGAAAUCCUCAAAGUUUAUGGGAUAGAAAACGAACCGGGUAUCAUAACAAUCGAGCCAAAAACAUUCCUGGAGAUGUGCCCAGCGCUGGUCUAUCAACUUGAUCAGAAAUCUUGUUACAAAACAGAAGCGCCGGCUUUAAAACUUAACAGACUGUGGACAUGGGUAUACGCAACAUUAAGUAUCUUAGUCAUAAGCGCCACAGGACUUUUGGGCGUAGCUAUUGUACCGAUGCUAAAAUCAGCAAUUUUUAGCCACGUGAUACAUUUCCUGGUCGCAGUCGCUGUAGGCACUCUGUGUGGUGACGCUCUGUUGCAUUUAAUGCCACAUGCCCUCAAAUCUCACGGAACUCCAAACGAACCCACGGAAGAAACCGAAGUAAUCCUAAAAUGCAGUGUAACCUUCUUAACAAUCCUAUUAUUUUAUGCAGUGGAAGCCAUUAUGCAGACUCUUAAUGGCGGUCAUGCUCAUUCUCACGAUGCCCAGACGGCAGAAGAUAUGAAAGUGGAAAGCGCAAAACAAAUGGAAACUAUAGAAUUAGGAGCUAUAAUGCCUGGAUCUCCACCGCCACCAGUUGAGCGUCCCAUGUCGUCAACAGCACUUAUGGUCAUAGUUGGUGAUGGCUUACACAAUCUAACUGAUGGUCUAGCGAUAGGAGCAGCAUUCAGUGGAGAUCCAGUUACUGGCUUUGCUACAGCUCUUGCAGUUUUCUGUCACGAACUUCCCCACGAAUUGGGAGAUUUUGCUGUACUUCUCCGCUCAGGCAUGAGCAUAAAGCGCGCUUUGUAUUACAACCUACUGUCAUCUGCUCUCAGUUUCAUGGGCAUGGCAGGUGGUAUAUGGCUAGCGGAAGAUCAUGAAUCAGCAUCACAAUGGAUUUACGCUGCUACAGCUGGAACAUUUUUCUAUAUAGCACUAGCGGACCUAGUGCCUGAAAUAAAUGAAAAUAACAAAGGGAAGAGCAUCCAUUUACUUUUAGCAAUUUUGGGCAUAUUAACUGGUGGAGUAAUUAUGCUGAUGAUUGCACUUCAUGAGGAUUCAAUUCAAUAUCUUUUUAGAAAUACCGAAAAGUGA